AUUAGACAAAAUGUCGCAGCCGAAUGGCGUCGCCCCUGGGGCACCGACGAAAACGCCAACAGUUGUAGGCAUCAACUUUGGCAACUCCUAUUCGUCCAUCGCCGUCAUCAACAAGGAAGGACUUGCGGACUGCAUAGCUAAUGAGGACGGCGAACGUCAGAUCGCGUGCGCGGUGUCCUUCCAUGGGGAGGAGAUGUAUAUUGGAAACCAAGCAAAACCGCAGCUUAUCAAGAAUUCAGAGAACACCAUCAUCAACUUCCGAAAUCUUCUCGGUAAAAAGUUCUCGGAGAUCCCAAAAGACCAACCCAUCACAUCAGCUCCCGUCAUUCAACAUCCGGAACAGCCUGACGUUGCAGCAUACAGGGUUGCCAUCUUACAGCCCGCACCCUCCCCCUUACCACCUGCCAGUGUGAAGUCAUCAAUUCGAUCUAGUUCGAACACCCCUGCCACUUCCGUCCUUCCUACUCCACGAUCUGAGCCCAUUCCUGCAGAACGUAUCCUUACUGUUCAAGAAGUUACUUCUAUAUUCCUCAAGUCAUUGGUAAAAUCCGCGCAAGACUUCUUGGGUCGUGAUGUUGAUGGGGCCGUGGUCACUAUCCCUUCAUGGUUCGACGAUCGUGCUCGUGCAGCGCUAGAAUCCGCGGCAGAGGAAGCAGGCUUCAAGGUACUACAGUUCCUGGACGAAGCUGCAGCUGGUUCGCUGAUUACGGUCAGUGACCCUGUCAUGGAACUUGAUCCUGACCGAACAGCACUUCUUGUCGACUUGGGCCAGACGUCGCUAUCUUUAUCCGUCCUUUCCUUCCGCCACGGUCUCAUCUAUGCAAUCAAUGCUGCACAUCAUUUCGAUAUUAAUGGCGAGCAGAUUGACACGAAGCUCGUGAAAUAUUUUGCAAAGGAAUUCACCAAGAAAAUGAAGACACCGCUAACUGUCUGUCCUCCUGCCGACAAUGCCGACAAACGAGCGGAAGCAAAGUUGCGACUUGCUUUAGAACACACAAAACGUACGAUCAGUGCAUCUCCUGGUGCUGCGAGCUGUUCCGUCGAGUCGUUAAAGGAUGGUCUCGAUUUCACCGGGACAAUCAACCGAAUGCGUUUCGACAUGGAAGUACGCUCGGUGUACGACUCAGUCGUACGCGCUGCCAUUAAUCUACUAGAGAGCGCCGGUCUUGAGCCUUUGCACGUGGACGAAAUCAUCUAUGUUGGCGGCUCCGCUUCCCUUCCAGGGCUGGACGAGACGUUCUUUGCAAAGGGAUUCCCAGAAAGUACUGUCACACCGUUUACUGCGGGGACUGUCGUGGGAGGAGGCAUAGGGGACCCGACGACUUUACUAUCACGUGGAGCCGCGUUACAGGCUCGUCUACUUGCAGAGAUCGCAACAGAAGAUCAACAAUUGCACGAUGCUUUCCGACCGGACAGUGAGCAUGCCGCAGUACAGGCUACUGCGAAGACGAUUGGCAUUAUUCUUCCUGGAGCUGAUUCAGCCAAGGAGGGUCUUGGUGGGCAAUGGGUAUUAGGUGUUCCGCGGGAGACGCCGUUACCUUACCGACGCAUCGUACAAUUCGAUUGUGACCUGGGUGACGCAAAAAAAGAGGAGUAUACGAUUGGUAUGGAACUCUGGGAAGUAAACGAUGGUGUGAAGGUGGAAAAAGUCAAACCCCCGAAGCGUGAGCCCGAGGAGAGGGAAGAUGAGGAGGAGGAGGAAGAAGAAGAAGAGGAAGAAGAGACCCGCGAAAAAACUCUAACAAAAGAGAAGCAGCUUGGAGCGCUACUAGUCCGAGCAGCCAAUGCCAGGAAGGAUGGGGGACGAUGGAAGACUCGUAUUCAAGUGCAAUUUGUUGUCAGUCAUUCGGGUGGUGUAGUCCUUACUGCUGCAGAGAUUUCAAAAGACGGAACAGGGGCGCCGUCGACUAUUCAUGUCUCAUAGACGUAGUUGUUAAUAGAUGUAUCCUCUAGAUCGGC